CCCUCUACUACAGUGAUGACACAGCUAUGACCCACUCUGUAGUGAGGUCGCUGUUGGCCAAGCGAGACUUUGAUGAAGUGGAUAUGGCAAAGCGGUUUGCUGAGGAAUACAAGAAAGACCCUGACCGGACCUAUGGAAGGGGUGUGAUUACUGUGUUCAAGAAACUCCUCAGCCCCAAAUGCAGAGAUGUUUUUGAGCCAGCAAGACAGCAGUUUAAUGGGAAAGGCUCCUAUGGUAAUGGUGGUGCCAUGAGAGUAGCAGGCAUCUCACUGGCUUACUCUAAUGUUCAAGAUGUGAAGAAGUUUGCUAAACUGAGCGCUGAGCUGACCCACUCCAACUCCUUGGGCUACAACGGAGCCAUUCUGCAGGCUUUGGCAGUUCACUAUGCCCUCCAGGGGGAGCUGAAUCGAGACAGAUUCCUGGAGCAGCUGAUAGGCCACAUGGAAGACAUAGAAAUGGAUGAUAAAUCUGUGGCCGACGCACGAACGCUUGGCUACGAAGAAUUACCCUUUUCGAAACGGCUAAAGAAGAUCAAAGAAUUUCUGGAGCAGAGCACCGUGCCAAAUUCAGAUGUGCUGGUUGAGUUAGGCAAUGGCAUUGCAGCUCUGCAUUCAGUCCCCACUGCCAUAUAUUCCUUCCUGCGCUGCAUGGAAUCUCAUCCAGAUAUCCCUGAGGAGUACAACUGCCUGCAGCGGACCAUCAUCUACUGCAUCUCGCUGGGCGGGGACACAGAUACUAUUGCGACCAUGGCCGGAGCCAUCGCUGGGGCUUACUACGGAGAAGAGCAAGUGCCCCAAAGCUGGAAGCAUUGCUGUGAGUCUUUUGAGGAGACCGAGAAAAUGGCCGACAGUUUGUAUGAACUCUACUGUCAGCGGCAGAGGGACUCUGGUACUAAAUAAUGCACUGUCGGGCCCUGUGAUCUCUAUUCUCUUUGAGACCUUCAGAGGAUGUGACGGUCAUCUGAAAUAAAGGGGA